ACACCCUUCGUCCUCUUCCAGAUCGUGUUUUACGAAGAAAAUAACUUCGAAGGUCGAUUUUACGAAUGCACCGCUGACUGUCCCGAGCUCAACGCCCACAUCAGCCGCUGCAACUCCAUUCGUGUGGACAACGGCGCCUGGGUUCUGUUCGAGAGGCCCAACUACCUGGGUUACCAGUACAUCCUGACCAAGGGGGAGUAUGCGAACUACCAGCGCUGGAUGGGCUACAAUGACAGCAUCAGGUCCUGCCGCAUCGUGCCUCAUGGCACUGGUGCGUUCAGGGUUCGUGUCUACGAGCGUCCUGACUUCAACGGUCGGAUGUUGGAGUGCAGUGAAGAUUUGAGCAACCUGCCCGAGCGCUGGCACCUCCAUGAGACUCACUCCGCCCAGGUGCAGGAAGGCGCCUGGGUCUUCUACGAGCUUCCCAACUACCGCGGACGGCAGUACCUGCUGGAGAAAGGAGAGUACCGCCGCUACACCGAGUGGGCAGCCAUGAACCCCACUGUGGGGUCCUUCCGCCGCGUCCACAGCCAUUAG